UAUCCAAAAGGAAGCAUUCAUCAUUUGCAUACACUUGCUUGUUCAAAGCUCUUUAUAUAGACAAACCGGAAAGCUCUGUACAUAGGAUUGAAAGAUAUUUUGUAUUAGAAUAUGAAUUUUUUUUAUUCUAAAUACUGUUAAUCACCUUUUUGAAUGAAUUUUCCUCUGCCCUUUUUCUCUCUUUCUGUGUCAUGUCUAUACAAUUUUUCCUUCUCUUCUUCUUCAUAAUUAUACUUUCUUUCUCCAAGCCAGUAUCACUCUUUGAGUUUAUCUUCAACACCAACUUCAGCUCCACCAAUCUUCUCACUUAUGGCAAUGCUACAAUUGAAUCCUCAAUCCUUACUCUCACUAGUGACACCAAAUUCUCCAUUGGAAGAGCCUUCUACCCUUUAAGAAUAAUCGCCAGAGAACCAAACUCCUCUACACCACUCACUUUCUCAACCUCUUUUAUCUUCUCUAUUGCUCCUUAUAAGAAUCUUCUCCCUGGCCAUGGAUUUGCCUUUGUGUUUUUUCCUUCUACUGGCAUAGAAGGUGCUAGCUCAGCUCAGCAUCUUGGACUUUUCAACUUCACAAAUAACGGUAAUUCUGAUAAUCAUGUUCUUGCAGUUGAAUUUGACACCUUCAGGAACCAAGAAUUCAACGAUCUCAAUGAUAACCAUGUGGGUAUUGAUGUUAACUCACUUACAUCUAUGGCACAAAAGGAAGCUGGUUUUUGGGCAGGAAAAGAUAAUGAGAAGUUUAAGGAGUUGAAGCUUAAUAAUGGGGUUAACUAUCAAGUUUGGAUUGAUUAUGUAGAUUCAAGAAUUAAUGUAACUAUGGCCAAGGCAGGGGAAGAAAGGCCCAAGAGACCAUUGAUAAGUGAGUUUGUUAAUCUUACUGAGGUUUUGUUGGAUGAAAUGUAUAUUGGAUUUUGUGGAGCUACUGGGAGAUUGGUUCAAAGCCACAGGAUUUUGUCUUGGAGCUUUAGUAAUACAAGUUUUUCUAUUGGCAAUGCUUUAGUUACUAGGAAUUUGCCUUCUUUUGGGCUUCCAAAGAAAUCAGUGUUUAAAUCAGAAGGAUUCAUAAUUGGGAUCAGUGUUGCUGGUGUGGUGGUUAUUGGGUUUGGGAUUGUGAUGUAUGAGGUUUUGGCAAGGAGAAGGAGAAGACAGUGGAAGGAGAAACAAGAAAUGGAAGAUUGGGAAUUGGAGUAUUGGCCUCAUCGCAUUGAUUAUCAACAAAUAUCUGCAGCAACAAAGGGUUUUGCAGAAGAAAAUGUGAUUGGAUUUGGAGGAAAUGGAAAGGUAUAUAAGGGUACAUUGGAAUGUGGAGCAGAAGUUGCUGUUAAGAGAAUUUCUCAUCAAAGUGAAAAGGGAACAAGAGAAUUUUUGGCUGAAGUUUCAAGCCUAGGUAGACUAAAGCAUAGGAACUUAGUGGGAAUGAGAGGUUGGUGUAAACAACACAAAGAAAGCUUGAUGUUAUUGUAUGAUUAUAUGGAGAAUGGGAGCUUAGACAAGAGGCUUUUCAACUUUAAUUUGAAUUCCACUUUGAGUUGGGAAGAGAGGAUCAAGAUUUUGAAAGAUGUGGCUAAUGGGAUCUUAUACUUGCACGAAGGUUGGGAAGCUAAAGUCCUGCAUAGAGACAUCAAGGCGAGCAAUGUUUUACUGGACAAGGAUAUGAAUGCAAGGUUAGGUGAUUUUGGUUUAGCCAGGGUGCACCAUCAUGGACAAUUAGCCAGCACAACACAAGUGGUUGGAACAGUAGGGUACAUGGCACCAGAAGUGAUUCGAACCGGACGAGCCUCAACACAGACUGAUGUGUUUAGUUUCGGAGUCUUGCUACUAGAAGUGGUAUGUGGUAGAAGGCCUAGUGAGGUAGGUAAACCAGGAUUGGUUGAGUUCGUUUGGAGGCUAAUGGAGAAAGGGGAACUGAUUAAUGCCAUUGAUGAAAGGUUAAAGGCAAUGGGUGGAUAUAAUAAUGAGGAAGUGGAGAGGGUGCUUCAGUUGGGAUUAUUGUGUGCAUAUCCUGAUGCUAGUGCUAGGCCAGCAAUGAGACAAGUAGUGAAGGUGUUAGAAGGGUCAAGUGAUGGCAGUGAAUGCAUAGGGGAAGAAAUGGAAGUUCAUUUGCUUGAUGGGAUCAGAAGAACUAGAAUGUGGUCUAGUAGUAGUCAACAACAUCACCAUGCCUACCCAACUAUGGAUGGAAUAUUUUCUUCUUUGUCACUUUUAUCUAGUUCAGAUAUCAUCUCAGAGGGAAGAUGAGAAAGAAACAAAGAUUUCCAAUAUUUCAGAUUGUAUGAUUAGUCCAUCCUUGCUGCUUAUGGUUUUCUAGUAGUUAUGUAGUAAACACUCAAAUUUUUAUAUCCUAUUAUAUCAGGUUUGGAUGGUGUUUACUAUAAAGUCGGGAAAUUCAUUUGCUUCA